UGACUGUAAGAAAUAUGGAAACGCUGCCUACAGUUAUCCGACUCCUGUGUGGCCUGUACUUCGUGUACACGUCUUUCGUCUGGUCAGCUGGGUCGCUGUUGUCGCUGGUACUCUUUGCAGCUUCCAUUUUUCUGUUGCGGUCACCACGAGAGGAAGCUAUGACGUCAUCUCUCCAGAAGACCCGGUCUCCAAGGCAACGGAGUAACCAUGGAGAUGAGAACAUCCCAAGGGACACAGAGCAAAGAUACACGCGUCACAUCCUGGAUCUUGUGUGUUAUGACGCCGGUUCGUGUAGUUCGCUUCAGAACUUCACCAGCGUGAAGGAAGGCACGGAGUGCGUGUUCGCCCGGGCGGCUCGACUGUGGGGGUCGGCGGAUUGGGUGGACCGACUUAGUUUAGAGGAAAAUAUCAGAAGGUCUUUGCCGAUGUUUAUAAAGUUCUGCGCCCUCCAGUUUCACUUGGGACUAGACGGGUUCCUGUUUGAGUUGCCCGCAAAGGAUUUCGGGAACAGUCCGGAGGAUCUCGGGAACGGAGUAAGACGUCUUCUGAAGGUUCUAUCGGACGUUGACCCCGCCGGAGUGCACUGCAUGGACAAGUCGUACGUCUCCAAGCGAGGCUGGUGCUUCGAGUUUGACAGGUGCACGUUCUUCGUGACGACCUUCGCGCCCUGCUAUCCGGAGACUCACUCCAGGUUCAACUUCAACAGCGAGAACAGCUUCGUCCUACUGCAACCGGAGGAGUCGUUUUUACGGCACGACAUCGGCGCGGACACGCCUCACACGGACUGGGAGAACCCGCGGACCGCCCGGGACCAAAUCCGGGCGGCGUACAGGCGAGCAGGCCGCCCCUACGUCAUCAGGGACACCGUCAUCUACCCGCCGGUGCACGACAUCGUCAAACCGCUGGGCGGCGCCACUGCACCAGGCGAUGUGGUGGCCUGGUGGGAGGGAUGACUGGAAGAGAUAUUAAU